AUGAAUCUGAAUGUGGUUGUGUUUCCAUACAUAUCUGAUACCAGAAACAAUGAUGUCAUUGCUAAAGGGAGCUCCAAAAGGGAUGAUGCGAAGAAGGAUGAACGAGUCAACAAAAUUAUGUCGAUGAUAGCAGCAAAUGUUGAUUGGAGCAAAGUCGUUUGGGAAGUUGAGGAAUCUAUAGCGGCUCAAGAUCCGCUACAUGAGGAAGAUCAUGUACAUGUGGCCAAUGAUAAAGUAGUAUCUGAAGAGAAUGAACCAAAUGAGCAUGUUGUAAAAAGAAGUGUCAAGAGAAAGGUGACGGACCCUGGUUAUGAGUCGAGGAAGCAACAGCUAUUUUUCCAACAGACGGCAGAGCAGAGUAGAGGUCUCGAUGAUGAAACGAAGACCUUUAUUGCAUGA